AUGAGCCUCUGGCUAUUGCUGUGCUGGGCGAUUGUCCUUGCGCUUUUUCUUCACAGGACAAAUGGUUUCCUUACAAUGGAGAAUAAGCUGCGGAUCCAGCGGAAUUUUGUUUCAGUCGAAGGAGUCUCGCGGUUGUUUGCAGACAUUCGGGAACACACAGUUCCUCAUCCACAAGAUGCCAUAGAUAAGGGUCUUCUGUCGAUUCACGGUCAUGGUGGAAUUGCCUAUAAUUUUCUUGAGACAGAGGAUACGAUCAGUGCCUUUCGAGACAUCGUAUACGACGAUGGUAGAGCUCAUGGUCAAAUCAGUGGAAUCUUGAGACUGCAACUUGUGAAAGAAAGUGUGAGAGAUCAUGUGAAAUCUAUUGUGAAUAGAACUAUUGAAAACAGUGUUAUUGAGAAUGGUGGGACGAUUCACCUGUAUCUGUCGAAACCCAACUCAUCAGCUUUGGCAAAUCAUACAGAUGUGACGGAUAUUUUUGUGCUACAGCUCUCAGGAGCCAAAGAAUGGCUUCUCUGCGACGCGGACGCACCUCAGUUUGCACACGAAUUGGAUCGAAACCUGAGAGGCAAGCUCGACUUGUGCACCACCUACAAUGCAGCGGAAAUGGAUAGUCUGAGAUGUGAACGGACAAUACUUUAUCCUGGUGAUGCACUAUAUCUUCCAAAACAUGUCGUUCAUUCAGCUCAAGCUACACCUGAUGGAUUGUCGGCACAUUUGACGUUUGGAUUUGCGGAGAAUACCUGUUCGGCUAAUAAAAUGGAAAAUUGCGUCGCUGCUCAGUCCCGUUUUCAACACAGAGAUCUUCAAAUAACCUGCAAUUCUCGCGAUGGGGGAAGCGAGUGCAAUGAAAAUUGCGAUUGCUCCUGCAAUGGUAAUUGUCAGGACGGAGAAGGUUGUACUACAAGCUGUGAUGGCGGAUGCACUGGAAGUUGCGCUUUCUUUAUUUUUGGAUGUGACUCAGAUUGCAACACUAGCUGUGAUGAGGGUUGCACUGGUUCCUUGAACUGCAACGAUAAUUGCUCUGAUUGUUGUAACCGUGGUUGCACAGUCUGUCCAGGAGUCGAUCCUCCACCAACGCCCCAACCAACUCCUGGGCCGACUCCUCAACCUACGCGUCCGCCAACUCCUGAGCCAACGCCCAAACCGACUCCUGGACCAACUCGUCGGCCUACCUCGGGACCAACUCCUAGUCCAACACCUGUACCAACUCCAAAUCCAACACCUGUACCAACACCUGUACCAACACCUGGGCCGACGCCUGGACCAACACCUGCACCAACACCUGAACCAACACCUGAACCAACUCUUCCACCAACGCCUGUACCAACACCUGGACCAACUUCACGGCCAACUUUUGCACCCGUGGUUGGGCCGACUCUUCCACCGACUCCGGGACCAACCCCUCUACCCACACUUGCAACACCUGGGCCGACACCUGGGCCGACAUCUGAACCAACUCCUCGACCAACGCCGGGGCCAACAUUUGCGCCUGUGGUUGGGCCCACGCUUCCACUGACUCCAGGACCAACCCCACUACCAACAUUAGCGACACCUGUACCAACGCCAGGGCCAACACCAGUACGUGUGAUUGGGCCGACUCUUCCACUGACUCUUGGGCCAACACCUGCACCAGCACCUGCACCAGCACCAGCACCUGCACCAGCACCUGGUGGAUCAACACCCGGUGGAUCAACACCUGGAUCAAUACCCGGACCAACUCCUGGACCAACUGGCGGAAGCUUAGGGUCGACUCCUUCUCCAUCGACAUCAGAAGGAGAAAUGCCAUCGACAGGAACACCAACUGCUUCGCCUUCCUUGGUUUCAUCUGCAACACCAAGUGUGGUUGCAUCAGGAUUCCCAUCGGAUGCGCCAUCAGAGGAACCAUCGAGCCAACCAAGUUUGGGGCCGACGAUAGAACCAUCCGUUGACCCAACAUUUGCACCUGUGACUGGACCAACACCUCCCCCAACACAAAGGCCAACGUUGGUACCAACCAUUACUGAGUCGGUUGGGCCUUCUUUCGGGCCAUCAAAACUUCCAACAGGAAUUCCUUCUGUACAGCCAUCUCGCAAUCCUUCCAUCACACCCUUUGUGGGUCAGACAGCGGAUCCAACGGCCUUGGAUUCUUCAUAUCCUUCGCUAUUGCCGACAGUAACAACUGAAAGACCCACUCGCAAACCAGCUAUUGGUGAUUCAGCUGGACCAUCUAUCGAACCAUCAAACGAUCUUUUUGCGGGGCCAUUCUCCGAGUUGUCGUCAGUGCCAUCGUCAGAGCCGAUAGAUAGGGAAGAAGAUCAAAAUUCGAUAUUUUCAGAGGCCAGUUUGGACAGCAGUACGAUUUAUGGAAUUAUUGGUGCAGCCGCUUUUCUCUUUGGUACAUGCUUUGCGUACAUAUUCUUCGUUCGAAAAAAGAGGAAACAAGUGCUCAAGACAACAGUCGAAGUCAAACCGCAAGAGGAUGGUACAAUCAAGGUCAAAAGAAAGACUGAAUACAGGGGCAAUCAUGCACCCCAAAUUGAGAGGCUGGAGUUCCCAAAUGAAACCACAGCGAAUGCGAAUGGUUAUUUCAUAGGGUCAGAUGAACAGCAAGCCACAAGAGCUAUGUCUAGUACUACCAAUUUCCGAGCACAGCCACGGGAACAAGCACCAGCAAGGAGGACAGAACCUGAGAUCCAUGUCAAGGCAGAAGGCGACGAAAUCCCGAUGGCUGCAGCAGUCUCCGGGGAUGAUGAUGGCAAAGUUCCCAUUGCCGACAUUGGACUUGGCAGCGUGGGUGCCUUGGCACGAAAUGCUGCUGCUGAAUCGGAAGAAGACGACGACGACAUCCUUAAUGGUAGGAAAAAGAAAUAUGACCCAACAGGAGCUACAGUUGUCGGCCAUACUUCUUCUGAGGGACGAGUACAGGGCGGGAAGCCAUCGGAUGAACAAACCAAAAAGUCGGCCCGUCAGGAGAGAGAUUCCAAGCGAACAGCAAAAUCUGCAAAUGCUGCUGCUGCUACUCCUGGAGCCGUUGCUAGCACCCCUGGAGCCUUUUCCUCGAGUACCGAACAUGAAUCGACAAGCAAGUUCCGCAACCUUAUCAGCAGCUCUUCACAUGCUGUAGCGCAGGCAUCAAAUGGGUCUUCGCGUCAUGGUGACCCGGCAUCUCGAAAGGCAAAAGAUUAUGAUAAGGACAAAUCAGUAAGGAGUCCGACAUGUGGCCCAGGUGCACAAUCUGUGGGUCCUGGAUCUGCUGAAAGAGUGAUCACGGACAACGACAAGGCCGCUCGAAAGGCAAGAGAACACGACGAAGCAACUACAAUUCUAAGGGCUAAAGCUCUUUCGAAUGACGGUGAUGAGAAAGCAGGAGAACGUCGUCGUCGCAAAACCACUUCCACACAUGGCCCAGGAGCACGAUCCGUGGGUGGUGAAUUUGCAACAAGUGCGAUGCCAGGAGAGGAUAGAGCAGCUCGAAAGGUAAGGGAACACGACGAAGCGACAGAAACUCAAAAGCCUAGAGCUCGAUCAUUGGACGACCACGAACGCUUGAUGAAUGGUGAAUCUGCGCAAAUUUCUAUGACAGGGGAGGUCAGUGUAGUUGGAAAACCAGAGGAGCAAGACAAAAAAUCUUCAUCUCAAAAGUCUAGUAGAGCUUGCUCAAAGGACGGCCAUGGCCGCUUAGUAGAGGAUGGGGCAUCUCGAAAAUCCAACAGAGCUCGAUCAAAGGAUGACGAUGAACGCUUAGUAGGAGAGGACGGGGCGUCUCGAAAAUCAAAGGACCAUGACAAACCAACAUCAUCUCGAAAGUCAAAUAGAUCGCGGUCACAGGACGAGGAUGAGCGCUUAGUAGCGGGCGGGGUAUCUCGAAAAUCAAAGGAACGUGACGACAAAACUUCAUCUCGAAAGACUAACAGGUCGCGGUCAAAGGAUGACGAUGAACGCUUAGUAGGAGAGGACGAGGCGUCUCGCAAAUCAAAGGAACAUGACAACGAAACUUCACCUCGAAAGUCUAACAGAUCUCGGUCAAAGGACGACGAUGAACGCUUAGUAGGAGAGGACAGAGCAUCUCAGAAAGAUCGAAAAUACAAUAGAUCUUGGUCAAAGGACGACGAUGAACGCUCUGUAGGAGAGGACGGGGAAUCUCGAAAACCAAAGGAACGUGACAACAAAUCUUCAUCUCGAAAUUCUAACAGAUCUCGAAAUCACAGAUCUCCCAAGCGUGAUGAUGGCAAAGCAAAAUUUGACCUCCGGUCUCCCCAGAGUGGCGAUUGGGAAUCCAAGAGCGAGGAAAUCAAAUUACACAAAAGCGAACACAGCAAGUCUCCCAAGCGACGAAACGAUGACGAAACUUCAUCUCGAAAGUCUGAUAGAUCUCGAAAUCAUAGGUCUCCCAAGCGUGAUAAUGGUAAGGCAAGAUUUGAUCUCAAAUCUCCCCACACUGCCAAAUGGGAAUCAACGAGUGAAGAAAUCAAAUCUGACAAGAGUGAGAGUGGCAAAUUUUCCAAGAGUGAGCAUGGUAGCUUGUCCAACAAUAAGCGUGGCACAUUUUCCAAGAGUGAGCAUGGUAGCUCCUCUAAGAAGGAUCGUGUCAAGCUCUCACAGAGUGAGCAUCUUAGCUCGUCCAAGAAUCGGCGAAGCAAUAGUCCACAUAGAGGAUCUUCAUCGAGGUCUUCCCAUCGGUCAGAGGAGGAUUCUUCUGGUCAAAAGCAGCUCAAGUCCAAAAAAGAUUCAAGGAGCACAGAUCGAUCUUCCAAGCAGGCGGAACAAGAUGCCGAAAAGCUUAUCCAAGCCAUCCCCAUUCUAGAUCAGGAUGAAGAAACCGAUGCACAAGUAGCUUUUUCAGCAUGA